AAGCCGCAGGAGGAAGCCUCGCUGGCCGCGCCGCGCCGCCGUUGGCUCCGAUCGCCCCGGCAGGGAGCGAGGAAGUACCGGAGGCGGCUCCUCUGGGCUCCCCUCGCCGCCGGACCCCCGGGCUGCCCGGGAAUUAUCACUGUUGGUGUAAGGACAUUGGUGUGAAGACAUCACAGUGAUAGGUAGGUCUUCACAGCUCAGCUGCCUUUCCUGUUUGAGCUAUGAUUGAAUCCUGAGUGCCAGAUCGAGCUUGUGUUUACGGCCAUUCACAAACAAGAAUUCAGUGGAAACUGUUGGGAAUUUUUACUGUUUUUGAGGGAAAUGUUUGUACGGCCAGCUGUCUUACCAAUCACAGACUUAUGUUUUUAUCACUGUAACUAGGGCACUUUGGUAUUGAAGUUAACAUCAUACACCAGCAAUGCGCAGUAUUAAUCUAAAGCAUAGCAUCAAAACACUGUUCAGACAGUUCCCCUCCUGGUAAUUCUGCACUAGGAGUAACCAUUAGAAAUAAAAAAUGAAGUAGGUGUUUGUGGGAAGAUGCACACUACUGGUAUUGUUAAAUGGCUUGCUUUUCUUACUGAACUCAUGGAAUAUUUUCCAAGAGUUUGGAGUCGGUGAGUUUGAUGCACAGAUUGGUGUGUAACACAUUAAAUUAUGAAAAUUACAGCCACAGGAUCUCGUGGAAACAUGGGUUCAGAGAAGUGACAUCUUGGCUUUAAAUACCAAAACCAGUUGGGAGCUUAAAAAAUAUUUGAACUGGUACUUGCAGAAAUCAAGCUAAAUGGAUAAGUGUAGCUGGAAAAGUACUUCCUGUGUGCAUCUUCUGUUCUUUUGAGUAUCUCUUACUACCUGUUGCCAGAAACUAGCUACUGAGUAAGGGAGAUCUCUGGUCUGUUUGAAGAAGGCACUUCUCACAGCCUGAAGGAACAGAGACAUAAGCAGCAGGGGGCACGGGAUGUGAUCUGCUGUCUAUCUGUUGUUUUGGGCAUUUCUGAUGUAAACAAAGUUUGCUUUUUCAAGAAAGCUUUAUAUAAGUGUUUUUGUUGAAGUCUUCAUGUUGAAUUUAUUGAAAGCUCACCUUAAUUUAAUAAUAUCUUAUAUUCUUAUUUCAAUACCAUGGAACAGUUUAAUUAAUUUUGUGCUCAUCAGUGUUCUAAGUAAAGUCAAAACCUUUUUAAUCCAGCAUUCAUAGGUCUUUUUGAGCUGAACCUGUAGCUAGCAAUAUGGCAGCCAUGUGGCAGCACUAUAUCCAACACACCAGAAGACGGCUUUGCUCCCAUCGUAUGUAUUAUAUUAGCAAGUCUCACAAUACGACUCUAUCAACUGCUGUUAACUCCAAUCAAAUUGAAUGCUGUCAUUGCUUUGAUCAGAUAUAUUUACUUUCAUUAAUGCAUACUUGCCUGAAGAGGACAGGCAUGUUUUGAUUAAAGACAAUACAUCCGUAUUUAAUUAUCAGUGGGGAAAUAUUCCAAAACUGAGAAAAGGAAGUAAUAAAAUUUAUCAAAAAACUUUUUCAUCAUUAAUGAUCAGUAUAGACAAACAGAUAUCUUCAUCAUUUUAAACUAUACAUUUGCUGACAAGUUUCAUAUGUGUAGUUGCUUUCAUAUUUUAUUUUUAGAAGUAUGAAUUAUAGAAAUAGAGCUAUCAUUUAUUUUCUGCUUGUCGUAUUUCAUAUUUUAGGUAGUUUGUUUUCAAAGACUGAUUCAGCUGAAAACAAACUCAUUCUUUAAUUUAGGGUUGCAGCUUGCAGCACUGUUACACUCUGUUUUAUAUUUCUAGUCAUGCUUCAUAAAUAAUUUAUGAAAAUAAGUAAAGUUUCUGUGUUUGGCAAAGCAGGCUUUUCAUAUUUGGUAAACUUAACAGAGUCAAUUUUUUUUAAUGUUUUUUAUAGGUUUGUUCUUCUUUCCACCUUUCCCUUCAGAGAGCUUCGCUUUGAGCACCAGAACAAACUCCACGAGAGAUGGAGGAAACUGAGCCGUGGUAUUUCCAGCAAGUGUACGCCAGAUACUGGAAGCACUACGACUUAGCCAUGCGCUGGAUGCGUAGGCACCAGAAAGCCUACAGGAAAGCCAUGGAGUCCUUUUACCACCUACCAUGGCCUCCUUCUGCAGCUUCUCCGAGCAGCCGCUACUCAGAUUGGGAUGGGAAUGACCCCCCACGUACCCACGACUAUUUUUCCAGCUGUAAGCCUCGUGGCAGAGCUCAGCACCAUAGCAGAGCUCAGCAGUACGCAGAUGCCCACCCAGAGAGGGAGGAUGCUGACAGGGACUCUGAAAUGGAGGAGGACUCCGAGUCCGAAGGGGAGAUAGAGUAUGACCUGAGUAACAUGGAGAUCACAGAGGAACUUCGCCAGUUUUUUGCCCAGACAGAGAGACAUCGGGAAGAACUGCGGAGACAGCAGCAGCUGGAAGCUGAGCAACAAGAAAUGUACGUGGAGGCUGAUCAAGACCUUCACAGAAGCACGAGGCGUUCUGUGGAGCCGCCUACAGAAAGACCUGGGGAGAGACGAAUGGCAGAAAUGGAGAAACUGUAUGGUGCUGAAGCUGCCAAAAUCCUAGCGAUGGAGACUGCCAUGCAACUUAUCUUUGAUAGAAAUUGUGACAAAAAACAGCCCAAAUACUGGCCUAUUAUUCCUCUCAAGCUGUGAGUACCUGGACUGUGCUCUGACCUGGCACCGAGCUGUAGGGGUGGGUGCCUCUGGCUGUGCUGCUGAAAGAAAAAACUGCAAAUUUUGGUUUUGGAUGGGCUUUGGGGUAGAGGCUGGCAAGGGCACAAUGUUCUUCUGCCCUGUGCUCCUUUUACACUGUCAAUGAUGGUCACAGUCCAUUCUACUUACGUGCUGUUGCUGAUUAGUAAAAGGAAGGUAUAAUAAUACACCUGUCUAAAAUCGGAGUUUAACUCAUUUGAUUCCAGCCUGUCUUUACCAUACUGUGAGAAAUGUAACAACAUCUAUACUUAGUGAACUGGGAAAACUUAAAAGCAAUGACAAAAAGACUAUACAAAUUGUCAGUUCUUUCCAUUUACAAAGCUGAGUAGUCCCACUUUCUAGUCUUAUUAAAUAUAGUAGCAUUGGGAUCUAGCUUAACACAGCACAAUAAAGUGUUGUGUCUGGUAAUCCUUGAUUUUUUUAUUUUUUUUUUUGAGAACCAGGAGCCCACUGGCAAAGACACAACAUACCAGAUUACUGUAGCCCAGCCAUUUCAAUUCUAUUUCAAAGGCUUAUAAUAAAGCAGGAAAUUUUUCUUACACACUGAUACUUGUCUGGCAGGAGUUCAACUCUAAAGCAAAAUUAGAUAGGAAAAUGUUCUAAUGAAGGGGGUGCGGGGAAGUAGGGGAGAAACCCGGUGUGGCCCUGCCUGUUAGAGAUCUGUUUAGCAUAGGAGAUCCUUAGGAGGACAAAGCACUCUCGGGGCCAAUGCCAACAAUGAUUUUUGCCAUUCUAAUAAAAAGCAUCUAGUUGGCUUGAAGGUUGAAAGAAGACAUAGUAGCAACCUGAUAGACUGAGAGUACAUCUGUGUACUCUGUGCGGAGGUCUGGAAGCCGUUAGCGCUGACGGCUAUGUGUAUUUUGGGUUCAGCUCUUCUGUGUGCACCUGGGUGUUACAUGCACAAGGCAUAAAGGUAUGCAAAUUCAUAAUGUACCUCUGUCCGUGUGCUCACCCAUCUGCACAGGCUCUUGGGCUCCAGUUCUGUUGCUCCCUCCUUUUGUGCAGUCGUGCUUGCUCCACUAAAGCUGACCUGCCAGACUGAGGCAUGCAGCCGGUCUGUGCAAGAGAGGCAGGACAGACCCCUCACUACUGGUGAUUCCUUAGAAAAUGGUACCCUGAACACUUUAAAGGACUUUCUCUGAAGCACUGCUGCUAUGUAUCGUGUGCUGGAGAGCUGUAGUUUGUAUUGAGCAGUGCUGCCAUACCAGGGCGAAGGAACAUUAUGCUGUUUUAAUUCUGACAAGCAUUCAUGUGCCUUCUUCACCACGGAGAAAUUCACAGCUGCAAUUAACUUUAAUUCAUGCCUGUUGUGUCUGGUGUCUCUCUAUAGCACGCGUAAUUUGUAAUACACAGCAGUAGUUGCUGUGCCCUCUGCAGCAGCCAGCUGCACCAGAGCAAAUCUGAGGUGUUACUGGGAAUCUCUUUGUUUCUACUAGUAGUUAGCAUGUUUUUUUCAAAUCAGCAGUUUCAGUUCAGUUCCACCUCCUUCAGUUUAGAUGUAAAGAGAUCUGAAAAUUUAAAGUCCUGGACUUUAAACACUGAAAUUUAAAGUCCCCGAUCUCCGAGGCUUGUUACUGAUGUAAUUGAUAUGAAAAACUUGUGUGUGACAGGAGAGGGAACAAUGUUACAAAUUACAGUCCUGCAUUUGUCUUCACUCUUGUUCUGUGGUGGGUUCUGUCAGAAAUCUAAUGUUUUGUUUGGGCUUCUUUGCUGACCAAAUAAAUUCUCUUAACAACA